UCGGUGGGAAUUACCCGGCUCCCCGUCCCUCUCCCAGCCCCGCCGCGGCAACAUUUAUUGCAAAAGCAGGAAAUUGCUUAUUACUAAACUAGCUGGCAAAGGAGCGGGAGCCGAUGCUGUUCCACACUGGCGCAGCACUUGCUUAGCUGCAGCUUUCCCUGCCUCUCCUUGUUCCGCUCUUUCUUCUUCUUCUUCCCCCUCUUUCUCUCCUCUCUCCCUCUCUCUCUCCUCUUCUUUUUUUCAUUUUGGCUUCUAUUCAAAUGUGGGUCAGGGGUGAGCGGCUCCCAACGUCACAAGCUUGCAAGAUGGCGCUGGGAGGAAGGCUGUGAGAUGAGGAACAGGCUGGUAUAAACCGAGAGGACAGGAGAGGGAGAGGAGGAGGAGGAGGAGAGGGGAAGGGGAAGAAAAGCUGCUGCUCCAGAUGCAAUAAGAAGCGUCCCUGCUGGUUCUCCAUUCUGCAUCCGUGCAGCCACGUUCUAUUGAUGGCCUGUUGUGAUUUCAAUGGAACAUCAUGGGAUGUACCUGGCACGUCGGGCAGCACUGGAUGGAGGUGCCUUUAGCCCAAUGUACCUGGCAUGGUGGUAAGGUGAAAGUGAAAGGAAGAGAAGGUGGAGAUGGAACUGCCAAAUCAUGCCAAACAACUGCUACUGCAGCUGAACCAGCAACGAGCCAAAGGUUUCCUCUGUGAUGUGAUCAUUGUGGUAGAAAAUGCCCUGUUUCGUGCCCAUAAGAAUAUCCUGGCAGCCAGCAGCAUGUAUUUCAAAUCCCUCGUCCUGCAUGACAACCUGAUUAACUUAGACACGGACAUGGUGAACCCCACCGUGUUCCGGCAGAUCUUGGACUUUAUUUAUACUGGUAAGCUCUUAACGACUGACCAGCCCGGUGAACAGAACUUUAAUGCUCUCCUCACCGCAGCAAGCUACCUCCAACUGCACGACCUGGCAGCUCUCUGCAGAAAGAAGCUGAAGCGGAACGGCAAGUCCUUUGCUGGCAAGGCCGGCGGCCUUGGUGUUGGGAGAUCUGCCAGGAGUCAGAGACUUUCCACUGCUUCGGUCAUCCAAGCUCGCUAUUCAGGGUCAAAUGAGGGGUUGAAGGGCUCGCACUCAAAGGAGCUGUCAAAGGGAAAGCUCUCCGAUGACGAGGUCUUCAUCAGCAGCUCCAACCAAGAGAACUGUCACUCCUUAAGCAGGGGAGCCAGUAAGAACGGCGGUGGGGGCAGCAGCGCGAAUGGGAGCACUGGGGAUCAGGAGCUAGGCCUUGACCUGUCCAAAAAAAGCCCGUCGCUCCCUGUUGCAGCUUCCCACGAUGACACGCAGCACAGCGAAAGCCAGCAUGGCUCUCCCCAAUCUGCCUCAGCCCCCGCAGCCAACAGUGCCUCAUCAUUUGACGAGUCUGGAGUCGGAGCCCCUCACAGCAUGGCGGACAGCAGUGACCCCAUGGAGAUGGAUCUGAACGAAGAGUGCCACCACUCUUUGUCGGAGAGCAGCCAGCGCAAGGGCCUCCGGCACUCGUCCCGCAAGAAGGAGUGGAUCAAGAAAGACAACGCCUUUGACCGAAAGGAGGGGGGCAAAGACAGGGACGAGGGCGAAGCGCUGCCCAACGGUAUCCUGCUGGGGACCUUGUCCAAGUCCGUGGAGCGGAGUCUGGCUGGGGCCUAUGGCGCAGACCUACCCUACCCGUGUAAGGAGGAGGUGGAAAAUGGUAAGGAGAACAGCGACGACAGCGGCCAGAGCGAGAGCGAGAGCGGCGGGCAUACUAGUGCCAACUACGUCUACCGGCAGGAGGGGUUUGAGCCAGUGGCCUAUGGUGACAACCUGUAUGUCUGUAUCCCCUGUGGCAAAGGCUUCCCCAGCUCCGAGCAGCUCAACGCCCAUGUGGAGACACACACCGAGGAAGACCUUUACAUCAAGGAGGAAGGCACAUACGGCGGCAAGGACGAAGCUGAGGAUUUGUCCAACCCCAACCAGUCCUACGCCGCGGAGUCCCGUCCCUUCAAGUGUUCAGUGUGCGAGAAGAGCUACAAGGAUCCAGCCACGCUGCGGCAGCAUGAGAAGACUCACUGGCUGACGCGGCCCUUCCCUUGCAACAUCUGCGGCAAGAUGUUCACACAGCGGGGCACCAUGACACGGCACAUGCGCAGCCACUUAGGGCUCAAGCCCUUUGCUUGCGAGGAAUGCGGGAUGCGCUUUACCCGGCAGUACCGACUGACAGAGCAUAUGCGUGUCCACUCAGGAGAAAAACCUUACGAAUGUCAACUGUGUGGUGGGAAAUUCACCCAGCAGCGCAAUCUGAUCAGCCACCUGCGAAUGCAUACCUCUCCCACAUAAGCCAAAGACUCCAGAAUGAGCUUCGAGCCCAUCCGCAGUGAUUUACCUUUCUGUAGACUUGCUGCUUAAAAAAAAAAAAAGAAAAAAGAAAAAAAAUAAACAAAAAAGGGGGCAACUCCCCAUACUCUGUUCAGUCAUGGGAGGCCUAAACAAAUGUAGCUUUAACAUUUAAAAAAAAAGUUCCUUUUUUCCCUUUUUUUAAAAAAAGAAAGGUCCACAGCCAAGCUGAUGCCUUUAGUCCAACUCUCCCUCCAAAUCUUGGUGAUCUGGCAAGAAAUGCCACUUCCUUUUGCGCACAUCGACUUCAUUGCCAUAUUGAUUAUCUGGAGCAGGUAGGGGGACCACAGGGAACUUUUGCCCCUGCUGGCUGCCCCCCCCCUCUCUCUUUCCUUAGUGUUACUGUCACCCUACUCGCCUCCUCUUUUAAAACCAAACUCGGGGCAUUUCUUGCUGUUAAAAAGAAAAUGAAGUCCACCUUUUCAGUGGCCUAAGUAGCUGUGAAAUAACGUAGCAUUGCAUUCACAAGCGCGGAAGCUGUGUCUGUGGACCAUCUCAGAGGGCUGGCAGCCCCUUCGGAUGCUGUGGGAAAGCCACAGCUGUAGUGGAACCCACCACCCUUCCCCUGGGCUGGCAAUGGUGGGGAGAGCAGUCUACCUAGGCGUUCACCAGCCAGAGUGCUUCACUUAAAGAAAUGGCGAUGCCUGCCCAACAUCCCUCCCUUUUUUGGUUUUGAUCUUUAUCCUUGGCACACGUAACCACACGCCACCUUUUCCCACAAAAUACACAAACCUCUUCUGCCUUACCCAUGACUGAACAGGGACUGGAUGCCCUGGGAAUUUCUUUCAGUGAGCAGGGGGUCGUCUUUACUUUUCUAGUAGUUUCGUAUGAAUAUUCUUUGCUUAGAGGUACUUGUUUUAUUAAAGGAAAAACCAUUGUAACGUUUAUGUGAAUGUUUGAACUGGAAGGUCUGAGGUUAAUUCUAGGGUGGGUGGGCGGGGAGGGGGUUUGAUGUAGGCUGGACUUGCUACAAGUUCCUUAGGUACUUUUUUAUUAUUUUUUAUUUUAUUUUUUGUGUGUGUGUAUGUUUUUAGCUUUCCUCCCUCACUAAAGAACGAGUCUGUGUGGGCAGACUUGUUACCUUUGCUACCUCUUGAAUUCAUGAGAACAAUAAGAUGGUUAGUGAAAGAUUAGGCAUUUUUUUUCUCUUAUUGUAAGUAAUUAAAUGUAUAAAAGUAGAAGCUAAAUUAAAGUUAAGGGAUUUUUACCACCCCGUCCUUCCAUCACAAGUCAGCUAGAGAAAUGUUAAAGUAAAGCUCGGCCAAAGACAAAAAAUACGUUGAGCCAGAGGCUUUUUUGCUUUUUGCCAAAAGCAAAAAAUACGUUGAGCCAGAGGCUGUGCUGGCUGCUUGGACUGGCUCAUUCGCAGUCUCUUGGCUGUUUGUAGUCACUUUUAGAUAAAAGAAGAAAACUUCUCUGAGCUUUCUGGGCCCUUUCCAGCUUUGUUUAUUGAAUCUGGAUACUAUGGGGAGGGGAAAAUGUCCCCCUCAUCUUCCACUCCCCCAGCACAUCUGGGUCAGUCUGUAAACACCUGGCAGGACAGAGGGUGAGGGCAUAGCAGCCUAUAAUUUACUAGAAUCCAGAGUGCAAUAAGGUGGGGGAGAGGAGGAAAAAGCAAACCAAAGUGUUUCAUAUCCUCCCUUUUAGACAAUUUAACACACGCACACAAAAAAAAAAAAAAGAAAGAAAAAUGAAAAGAAAAAGAAACAAAAUGUUCUUGCAACAUCUGCAUAAGACAUCACAGCCAACAGCUGCUAUUGGUUUAGGAGAGAAGACAGAGAACUUAGCCCACCGAUUCUUGGCCCUCUUGACUUUGUUGGCGUGACCUUGUGGAAAGCUAUGGCUUAUUUCAAGCCUCCCGUGACUGUGGUGGUAAAAAUUCGCAGCCAGUAGAAUCAUCCCUUCUGAAUUGAGUAAGGUUUACACUUGUGUUUUUUCAUUUGUUUUUUUGUUUCGUUUUUUUUUUUUUUUCUCCACUCAAACCAGUAUAGUCUCUAUGCGUAAGGUUUACCAAACCUCACGUUUUGUCUUUUUUAAAAAAACAGAACCAAUUUUUUUAAGUUUCGACCAAAAAAGAAAAAGGAAAAAAAAAGAAAAAAGUGAGCAUGUUUGACUAAAACAAAGAAAUAUAAGCUUCAUUUUCUAUUGGGUUUUUUUUGUUUGGUUUUUGUUUGCCUUUUUUUUUUUCCUUUUUUUUUUUUUUGUUUGUUUGUUUUGUUAAGGUAGACUAGUCCAUAAGAAGUUUUUGGGUCAAUUGAAUGAACCGAGGAAACUGGAAUCCAGGCUCCAAGCAAUAGACAACCCAGAGGCGCUGAGCCUUGGCCUGGUGUCACGUUACAGGGAACACGCUCGCCCCUCUCGCCCGCUGCGCUCCAGGGUGCUUCUCCCAGUGCCAUUGUCUGCUUGCUCCCCGACGCCUGCGAGCUGCGGAGCGCGAGAGGGGAGCACGGACUUUUGUUUUUUCUAAUUGUGCUGAGAUGCGCUGUUUUCUUUUCGGGGGUUAACUGGGUUUUUAGUGUCUUUAGCACUUCCACAUUUUGAAUAUAUAUUGAAUUCUUUUCUCCUUGAUUCCUUGCCAACUCCCCCCCCCACCCCAAGAAUGUCCCCAAAAUAGCCUUUGGGGAGGACAGGGAAGGCCUUGCCGUCUACCUUUUUCUCAGAGCAAGUCUCGGCAGGGCCCAGGGACAGCCGUGCAAGAUUAGUUCCUAGGCACUUUCACCCUGCCUUUACCUUCCCACCAACCACCCUAAACCUGAGCUGGAUCCCACGCUGGCUUAGGCUGCAGCAGAUCUGGCUCCCCGUGCUGCCGGCUGGCUAAGGACCCAUCAAGUCCAGAUUUUCAAAACAAUUUUUAGCUCCCUUAGUGAAAAGGGCACGGCUGGGAUGAGCCCCGUCCCCCGCCGCGGGUUUGCCCCGUUGGCUGUGGCCCUGCGGUUUGCCGGGACGGGUCCACCACCGCGGCGGCACACGGCCAGCGAGGGGGCGGCAGGCGGGUGCUGCGCAGAGGGCACCCUCGGGACAGCAGCUCAAGCUGUGACCGACGGAGCCGGGCCACGGAGCAGCCCAAGGUGAGAGGAAGCAGAGAGCUCCUCAGCGGGCAAAUAACCUGCUCCCCCUCACUUAAUUCCAUUAUUACAAGCGUGUGCGUGGGCGAUGUAGCCUCUCCCCCUGCCCCCAGGCCCCCUCUUCCCUUGCUUCUUAAGCCUUGAGAAUCAUCUUGAAAUUUCAGGACCCAAUGCUGUUUUUAAAAGAUUUUUUUCAGAGUGUCUUUUUUUUUUACUUUAUCCCCUCCCCAGCACUUAAACAAUAUGACAUAAAGUCUGUGUACAGCAAGAGUAUUGUACAAAAGGAAAUUUUGUUCUUUUUUCAAGUAGCUGUGUAAAGUUGUGUUCCAUAGAUUGAGUAUAAACAAAAUUUUCCAAAUUGUGACAGUAAUAAUGAAUAACUAAUAAUACUCAAAACUUCAGGGACUGUUUCAGGCCUGCUUGGGGCCUAAACACUCAACUGCAUUUGUACGACAUAGUAUUGUAUCAAACAUUUUUCUGUAUUUUAAUGAGAAAGCAAAACACUAGUUUCAUAUUUAAGAUUUUAAGAGUUUUAGGGUGGGGGGGAGGGAGUUGCAUUUUUGUUUUGUUUUGGUUUUUUUUUAAUUUUAUUUUAAUUUUUUUUGAAAUACACAAAGAGCCUCAAGAGGAAUAAAACAAUUUAAAAACAAACAAAAAAACAAAAAGAAAAAAAAAAAAAAAAGAGGCCAGGCAGCUUAAGUAUAUGCUUUAGUCACUUAGUUCCAGAAUGUUUUCGGAAUAACAGGAAAAAAAAAAAAAAGAUAAAAUAGCAAAAGUUGUAUAAAAGAAUAAAGAAGCUCAUACCCAAAUUCACAAAACUAUUUUUUAAACCAAAGCACAUUUGAAUGAGUAUGGAACCUCACUUGGCUCAGAAAAGUACUAAUAUAUUUAUCUCAUUGUUUACAUAAACUUUUACAGUUUCAGACCUCAACAGAUCUAGCGGCCAGUCAAAAUUAAUCUUUGCUUUUUCCAUUGGUUUGUCUCUGAAGGCUGCGCAGUGUUCCCCAGCUUGGGAGGGGAGAUCUGUGGCCCAGCCUGCAUUCCAGCACUGCUCGGGAAGGGCGGGGAGAGGGAGGGCGACUACAAGUGUGGCACGUAGAUUUUUUUUUUUUUGUCUUCAACCCAUGAGAGAUGUUGCUGGGAGUGAGACCCAGGCACUGUUGUGGAGGCAUUCCAGACUACCUCUUCCUCAGAGGAGCCUGAGUACCGAGAGGGUAAAGAGAAAUGUGAGAAGCUCUAGAGAUAGAGAAGGAUGUUGGCAGAAGAUGGUGGGAGCUGCUGUACCCAGCACAUCUCCUUAAUGUUAGCCAUGGGGAGCUGGGCUGAGCUGUUUUCCAGUCCUUUACUUGCAAAACCUCCAAAAAAAAAUUCCUGGCAAAAAACCCCCAAAGCCCAGCUCCGUGCAUCUGGGGGAGUUAGCAGGAGCCACAAAGACCACAGAAGACACCAAAGAGCUAUUGACACGCAGCUUCUGUGAGGCUUUGUGGCUGCUGACUUGGAAGAGUACGCACAACUCUGAACCGCCCCGCUGCGCCGGGCAGGGGCUGCGGCAGAGGCAGCUGAUCUCCCUGCGGUGACUUGGGUAGCUUUAACGGUCUGGCAUGAGGGCGAGAGCACGGGCGCCAAGCUGCCUCCUGUUCAGAGCUGUGCCGGGGCCUGAGCCGUACUGUUCGGACCAUCUGAGCCACCUUCUAAUUAAACAGCUGGACUGAUUCACUCCAGACCUUACAGUCACGCGCAAAGAGCCCAACCAAAACUCCUAAGGCUUUCUAGGUGGAAACCUAAGCUUGAUUUGCAUGUUAGAACAGUCUAAGGAUGACCAAUGAAGAUGGUUUGCUAAAAUACCGCUGAAGCCAAAAAAAAAAAAGGUUUUAAAAAAAGCUCCCCAUUGUUAGUCUUGACCCUUUGUAGCUUUUACCUUCUACACCAAAGCCACCUCAAACAUUUGAGGGGGGGCUGAUGGAAAAUGAAAUAUUAAUUUUGCCUGGUCUUAAUAUCUAACAAAGAUGGUGCAAACACUAUUUGACAGUGUUGUUUUUGUAUCAAUAUGUAUGUGCAGUAAUGAAUGUAUUUAUUUCUCAGAUUCUGUAUGCACAGUUUUGCAAUGUAAUUCAGAAAGUUGCAAACACAAAGAUGUGUCCGCAGGGUCUUCUCUACAGGAUUUCAAAAAAAUGAAAAAAAUAUAUUAAAAAAAAAAGAAUCUCAGAGACUCUCAGCAUAGCCAUAAACCAUAACCUGUGAAGACAAUACAAAGACUGGACUUUUGUAGCUUUGCAUAGAAGAGGAAUUUAUGUUUUGCUGUAUUUAAAUGUUUCCAUUUACAGUGUCACUCUUUUAAGAUUCCUGUUUUGGUUUUUGUUUUUUUUUUUCCUCUCUCUCGUGUGUGUGGAAAGCAUUGUUUUCAAAAGCAGUGCAGGUUCAAAGUCUGGGUUAGCAGUAUUUUACCGUGUCGCUUCAGUUCUGAAAAGCAGGAGUAUGGGUCUUGACCGGGGAAACAUCCAGCGCGCCCAGUGAAACAGAAUGAAUUGUGAGGUGACUGUUGGCAAAAUCCAGAGAAGGUGAAAGUCAUCAGAGGAAUGGUUGUGUGCUUCCGAUUGCAGCUGGUGCCUGAGACAAGUCUACCGUCCCGCCUGAAGGACAGGACGCGGCUCCUUUACUAAAGUCCCCCUCACCCCGCACUUACUCUCUACUGUGGUAGCAGUAAGGAUCUCGAAAGUGGGGAGUCGAUGCCUAAGACAGCGAGAGGAAGCUUUGUGCCAAACCCAACAGCCCCCGUGCCAUCCUGCGAUGGGCCUUGCAAACUAUACGGAAGCGUCAGCUUCCCUGUAGCGUCAGGCGUUAGAGUCCCUGGGAAAAGGUGUACUUUGCAAAGCCUCUUGUUCCAGUGUUGGCGGAGUAAUGGACCUGCUACAGCCUUGAAAAAUAGCAUGAAGAAAGGAUGUGUGUUGAUUUCUGGAUAUUUGCCAAAUUCAGAAACCUGUCCAAUCAGCUGUUCUGGAGUUAAGGGAAAAGCAAAUAAACAACAGAGACAAAACCUCCCUGCAUUUUAGAUGGGUUUGAGAGGCUCUAGAUAGUAAACAUCUAGCUCUCUCCAGACAGCAGAAAUGCUCAUCAUUGAGAUGGAAUGUUUAAAUAAACAUUUGCUUAAGCAAGAGUUUAACAUUUAAAUGAGCUCUGGUCUGUAAUUCUGGAAUAAUUAAAUAGACUUCUAGCAUUUUUUCUUAGUUUUUGUUUAAACCUAAUGAUUUGCUCAAUGUCAGCAAGGUCGCUCAAUUUAUUGUAAAACCCUUUCUUUUCAUAAGCUUACUCUUGCAUUCCAGAACUGGCCAUAUUCUUAAAAAAGAAAAUUUGGGGAUUCCUUUCCAUAGCUGAAAGUAGCUUGUUGCAAUGUUUUAAGUCCCGUGGUAUUUAUUGUCCUUAUUUUAGCGCAGGAGACAAGCAAGCAAGCAGUAGCUGAUUCUCAGCCCCUUUCCAUUCCUAGUAUUUUUUCAGAGUAGGCUAAGAAAUUUCACCUUUGAUGAUUUCUAAUUAGACUCACUAAAUUUGCAGCUUUCCUUGUAAAAGGAAAAGAUUUGGGAUCCUUGUGAGGCAGUUCCAGCUCUGCUCUAAGGCUCCUAGCUGGACCUCCUACUCAGGAAGGCUUCUUUGUUUCAGCCCUAGUUCAUCUCUGUGCCACAAGAGAAUUGCUCUUUAUUCCACUUUCCUUGUUUUAACUGACUGGACUCAAAAAUACUGAGACAUAGUUUAGAGCUAGAAAUGCAUUUUUUUGCUCAGUUGUCUCCUACCACCAUUCUCCUCCUCCCCUCCUCCCCCAAUUUUCCUAAGUAUUUUGAAGCCCAGUGUUGAACACACAGGGAUCAAUGGGUCAGUGUCUUUUGAACAGAGCAGACCCUGUGGGAUGCAGCGGGGAAGAUCUACACCAGCACGCUGCAUGCAACGUUGCUUGGCAGUUAGGGGGGACACUUCACAGCACUUGCUUUCCCUGAGGAGUGGGACAUUUUUUAAACUUGCUCAUUCACAAGUUAUCAAUCGAAGCACCUCACAUAACUCUUGCUUUGACUUCCACAGGAGUUUUGACUGGCUGGGGAUAACUUUUCUAUGAGGAGAGGAUCUUGUUCUGGCUAGCUGGAUAUUUUUCUCCGUUUUAUUUUAAUAUUUUAUAUACAACUGAACGAGGGAUGUUGCAUCUCUCUUUUUUUUUUUUUUUUUUAAUUUUAAGCCUUAACUAUCAGUCAGUCUAGGAGCCCUGGAUGUUUCCUGGGGAGGGGGAGAGGAGGGGAGGGCAAGGGAAAGGCCGACAUUCCUGCUGCAAUGUUCUGUUCAUUUCCUUCAAGAGCUUGAAUUCAGGUCAGAGCCACACAUAGUUGUGGCUCCAACUCAAGUGUCAUAUAAAAAGAUACAGAAAGUAUAAUAUGAUCUCAGCAUUCAGAAAUUUGCAGUCUUAAUGUACAGUGAUGAGAAACUGUUAUUUUAUGAUCUUUUCAUUAAAAGCUUGAUUGAAAAAUUA